AUGUUGCCUGUGUAUAUAGGUAUUGCUGUUGGUGCAUUCCUUUUGAUUUUGUUGAUCAUCAUUUUCGUUAUUCUCUUCAUGAAGAGAGGAAGUGAUGUAACAAGUGAUUCUGCUUCAUCACAGGUAUUCAUGCAGGCAGAAACACCUCAGAUCAACCAGGCAAUGACAACUACAAGUGUAACAACUGAUAAUCCACUGUUCACAACAACUGUGGAUGAAGAUGAUCCAUUCAAGAUGGAGUUCGAAUCGUCUUCCACUGUUGAAGAAGUUGCUGUUGAACCUGAAAGUAAGAUUAUGGAUUCUGAGACAUCAGAUUCCAGCCCAGGAUAUAUUGAUACUUCGGCUUUAUAA